CGAAGGUUUCAGAUCACAGCAUGGCGGUGAGCAACGCUGGCCGUCUGCGAUUACUUUGAACCUUGUUGGAUACCAUACGGCGAUCGUCUGCUUUGAGUUUUCGAGCAGAUCAUCACGUCGGAUCACUUGUGGAAGUGUCGUCUGCUUUCGUUUUGUGGAAAGACGAGUGGUAUUUGGUGACCUUCAAGCGUUCGCGUCGUCUGCUCAUUGGUGUCGUCUAUUACGCUGGGCAGGAUCGUGUCCAUGACAGAUCGGCUGGUGUGAGUUGCAGUAUUGGAGAGUUGUGAAAGGUGCUGCUCUGAUUGGAUACAACCUGAUUAUAGAGACCACGAUGGUUGAGUCCUGCGAAGGGUUUGUUGACCGACUUGGAUUCGUCGUUAGUGUGUUGUGAAGGUGUGACGAAAAAAUCAAAAAAGUGGUGUGCAUUUGUGGAUAUAUAGUCCUUCUAUUUGAGAACCGUGUUGAGUUUGGAUACAGCGACGGCGGCUUCGUUCAAACAGGGUGGUGUUUCAGCGGCGUUUGUAUCACGUGAUGCGGGGGCGAUGGCGAUGUCGCUGCCUCCGCAGGCGUUUCCUUGGAUUGCGAACAGCAGUGUGGAGCGAGAUGCCUUGCGCGAACGGGAGCGGCAAGCCCGCGCCCAGCGUGCUGGUCUCGGCAGUGGAGAUCCCGGAGGGCAUCCCAUCUUCAGGGCACCCAUACGGGUUGAUCCUGGGCAGGAGGAUGAGAUCUCUCGACGGCUCCGGAGCACCCUGGGGGACUUCAGCCAGGUGCAGCCCUGGCUGUCGCACGACCCCAACCACCUCAUUGGGAUCUCGCGCACUGGAGCCGCUGCUCAGGCUGCCGCAGCAAAGUCAUCCAAGGCACCAGCUGUGGCGGCCACUGGGACAGGAGGACCUCUGACUGCAAGCGCUGCUUCCACGUGGAAUGGCGCUGCCACAGAUCCCGGAGGGAGCAGAGUAGGCGAUCCAUCAUCUCACCACAAUCCAUCGUCCAAACAUCCACCGGCAGCGCAUCAUGGCAGCUCUAGCAGUGCCUCGAAUAAUCAUCAUCGCUCUCACACUUCGAGCACCACUCGACAUCAUCCUCAUCAUCAUCACAAAAAGCAUCAACCUCCACUCGGCAACGGACAGCUGAAGCCGUCAUCAUCACAUGGAAAGAGCACCACCGGGAAUAAUGGGGGAUCCGCAAGGCCUCCGCAGCAACCCUCGCAGCACCAGCCUAUGUCGUCGUCCUCCUCUUCGCACCAUCAACGCAGCCGCACAGCAUCCGAGCAAGGUCGCGGAGAUGAUGUUGACAAGGGGUCUUCGAAAGUGCCCUUAACGACGUCUGCCUCCAACGGCCAUGUGGUGCGUGCCCCAACGCUCCGUGCACCUUCCAAAGAUGUGAACAAUGGUGUCACUGCAGCACCACCCACAUCUUCAGCAACCAAUACGUCAUCCUCACAAAGCUCUUCACUGAGCAUAAGAACUGAAAGCAGUCAGAAAGUAUCCGUGUCUACUUCGUCAUCUUUGUCUUCUCGACCAGCGCCACCAGUGGUGCAGGAACCCAAGGCAAAGCGCCCGCAGCCCAAGCUUGUCAUUCCGCCUCCAGAGACGUUGGAGUCCAACCCAUGUGCCAGUCACCCGGAGCUGGAGAGCAUCCUCAAGGAAAUGCAAAAGGUACCUCCACCUUUGACAGCAAUAGAAACACCACGCAAGGAAGACUGUCGCAUCACAUUUCCCCUCUCCCCUGUCCAGGAUCUGGAUUCGCACCAUCUGGAUGAUAAUGAUUCCAAGCCUGUGGACAGGAGAAAAUAUGCCAGCCCACCGGGCAGUCUUCAGGAUGACUUGGAGAUGAGUGACAGUGACGAUGAUGAGUUGCAGUCUUCGAGAAAGUCGUUGCAGGGCCUCUCCGCUUCAAAAAUCUCCGCUUCCAAUGACAACGUCAGCCAACCGCCGGCUUCGAGGGAGAAGGACUCGGAUUCGAGCGACUCGGAAGGAUCGUCGUCUGCUUCCGGAUCGGACAGCGAGUCUGAGAGCUCUUCCAGUGAUGCCUCUCUACCAGAAGCCAAUGGAGAGCCCAACAACACUCAGGGGUGGAUGUUGUCCAAUUUCCUCAACAAGCCCAGCUCACCGGCUACGGUGGGCGCCCUGCCAUCACGGAGCAACUCUGUGGUCCAUCAUCCCGACUCACUUAUCGACGAAGACUCCUUCACUCCCAUCUUGUCCCAGUGCCCAAAUCCCGACGCGGACCUGGGGCUGAUGCUGAAGAGCCCGAGUCCCCAGGGAUUUGACUUGGUGCGGUCCCCGAAGGCAAAGGGGACCUCAAACCUUCUGCUGUCUCCCGUCAACUCCAGUCCGUCGCACAGCCCGCUCCUGCCUCGUCAGCGCAGUCCAGAUCCAACUCUCGCGCGGAGGACGUCCACCUCCGACGACGACGCACCGUGCCACGUACAGAACAGACGCGUUCCAACGUGCGUCGACCAAACGCCGCCUCCGCAUCAACCCGACCGCGAGCUCCCUCCAACGAAGCCGGCGCUGUCGACUCCGGAGCAGCCCAGGAAGCCGUGGGCGUCGAAGGGGGCAAAGAAAAUGACUAGUCCUACCGUUCCGACACUCAAGCGGAGCAAGGCAGAGUUGAAAGAGAUUCCCGUGAGAGAGGAGGAGCCCGUAAUGAAGACGACGUCGAAGGAGGCGUCGAAAACAACAGCAAAGGCCGCGAAAGAGUCGCACGAGGCUUCGCGGAACAGGGCGAAGGCGGAAACGGAGCCCGCAAAGCCAUCCGCGUUGAAGAGACGGACGCACUCCGAAAGGCGGUCGGAGAAACGAUCCAAGAUCCACAAGUCGAGGGUGGUUCUCUCCGAGUCGUCGAGCGAGGACGAGACCUCGAAAGAUUGCUCGGACGACGACCGCAAGCACACCGCGCUAGCACCGGUCAAACUCAGCAGGAGCGAAAAUCGUCCGCGGUCGUCCAGUAAGACGUCUCUCGCGGAGAAAGUCCCGCCGCAGACUCCCCCGGAACCCAUUUUCUCGGAACCCUCCGCGAAGUUGGAGCCUCCUCAGCUGCUGUCUCCCAUCGCCCAGCGAUGUGGGAGCGAGGCGAAGGAGAACAUAGAACCUCCUGCACAGCAGGAGUGUGUUUUAGUGAGCCUCGCCCUGAACAGGCUACUGCGCUUGCCUGGAGGGAAGCAGUGUCCUUUAAAGGGUAAAGGGAGGUCUGGGGACACGGACAGCCCUGAUGAGAGUCAGAACAAGGCUGACGCUCUGAGGCAAGUGUACAGCGGGACGACGGCGUCGACAUUACCCAGCAGGGAGUCGAAGUCGUCGUUGAAGCGGAAAGGUGGCGGAGAUGAAAGCGCGAAGGAGAAGAGGCGGAGACUGUCCAGUAGUUCCUCGGCGUCCCUUUGGGUCAAGCAAGAACCCCCCGAGCCACCUCCAGAAGAAGAAGCCGACUCACAACCUCCCUGGAGUGACAUUCAGGCGAGGCCACCACCCGGUUGCGACAGCCCCAGCAGUCUGAGCUCGUUCUCGAGUCAACGCAGUGGAUCGCGACAGCAUCGGAGCAAGUCUCUGAGUAAAUCCUGUACCAACAGCCACUCUGAACAGCCGCAUCAAGUCAAGAAAGAGCCCAAGGAGAGCCAAGAGAAGCAGAAAAAGUCACACCGUGACAGGAAAGAAGGCAGCGGGAGCAGCAGCUCAAAGAGCCGGAGUAAAAUAAAGCAAGAGGUGGCAGCGUUGGCAAAUCAGGAGGAGGAGCGGAGCAGUGUCAGGGUACAAGGUAGCAGCAGCUGUAGCAGCAUUUCGUCUAGUCAGGCCCACUUGUGGGAUGGGCUGCUAUCAAGCUCUGAGCCGAGCAAGGCAAACGAAACUCCUGGGGGAACAAGCGGCGGUAGCGGCGGGCAGCUCAAUCCCACCCUCAAGCCGAAGGAGGAAACCUCCGAGUGGAGUCGAAACCCGCAGCUACUUUCUGGGACUAUGCAUCGAGACCUCGAUACAAAGAGUUAUUCAUCAGACUACUACUUGGCUGAGGCCAAGAACCUGAAGCAUCAGGCUGACAAGGAGACGGACCGGACUGUACAGUCCAUGAAGUACCUGGAGGCGGUGCUGUUUUUUAUCCUUACCGGCAGCUCAAUGGAGCGCAACCAUGCUGACUUGGACAAAGUCUACACCAUGUACAAAGAGACACUCUCCCUCAUCAGGUGGGCAGCCUCCUCCCACAAGUAUGUGCACCUGAAGCACAUUUCACCAAAGUUCCAAAAACUACAAAACAAUGUAUUAAGUAGCAUCGACAAUAAGCUAGCCAUUCUUAGCCUCCGGUGCCAGUCUUUGCUCUACCAGAAGCUCUACAAACUACGAAAAAAUGAAGUUAGGAAAAACCUUCGUGCCCUCAGUGAUUUUCAGAAGUCUAACCCUGGCAAAAUGGCAAGUCCAGCACAGAACGGUGGUGGUCUACGCCUGCAGCCGUCACCGUGCCAACCGUCUCCACACUCUCCAACACCUUCACCCGCGGGCAGUGUCGGAUCUCAGAGCAGCGGCUACAGCAGUGAACUGGGCAGUACCAACGGCAUCAAAAACGGCAGCUGCAGUAGCGGCGGCGGAGGGACCGGCGGGGGGUCGGCCCCAAGUGGGGGAGCCCCUGCUCCGCUUCAACCUCCUUCGGUGGCCGUGCCGCAAGCUCAGUACCUGAUGCUGCAGCGACAGAGCGCAACGCUGACCAACCUUCACCGCUGUCAUGACUUAUGGGAGCAAGCGGAUUACCUCGUGGCACAUAAUCAUUUGACAGAUUUCUUCGAAGAGUUGGACAAGGUCUGUGGUGGCAAGUUGACGCUUCACAGCUCGUCGUCGGAACUGGUGAAGUACGUUCGGGAGGGCAUCCUCCGCCUGCGCAACAAACUGCCCGGACAGGACGCAACGUGAUGACUACCGAACAAGCGGCUCUUCUCCCCCUCCCGUUGUUAUAUUAUCCUGUUGUUCCUCCCCCCAACCCAUGUUGCAGUUAUUUCCUCCCCCCUUUCCAUUGGUGUGUGUGCAUGUACAUAUGAAGUUCUUUUUUGUAUUUUUUUUUGUAAAUAACUGAGAAGCAAUGUUUUGGCCGUUGAGCCUAGCUCGUGCAACGGAGACUGUCUCUCUUUCUCUCUCUCUCUCUGAUUUUUUUUGCAUCGGAAAGAAAAUGUUGUUGGGUUGAAAAGUCAGUAGAGAAAGCAAUGUACUAUACAUAAUGUAUAUAUAUAAAGACACGUGCGUGUGCGUUACAAGAAGUGAGAGCCACAGGAGAAAUGGAAAGGAGUCAGUUUAUGCAGGUUUUUUUUCUUUUUUGUCCAGAAGGAUUUGAGGGCAAAUGUAGCCUAAGCUGUUAUUUUCCUCUUCUUUUUUUUGCAAGCUUGACAGUUUUUUUUGUUUUUUUUUCCCUUUCACAGUCACCAUUGACUGAAGGUCCUCAGUUUUGUACAGCAGAAGUGUUUGGCCUCAUCCAUCACCCUCCUCCCCCCCCCCCCCCUCCUCCCACCCAGACCCUUUCACUGUGCCGUUACUAGAGAUUAGACUGUCCAAUCCUGAGCCGUUAAACCUUGUCUCAUCAGCCAAUCAAACCUGGUGAUAAGGGCCAUGUUCUCUGUAUACCGAGUAUACAUUCAAGAUACUUGAUGUGCUUGUAUGGAAAAGAAGUAAUGUAUUUUUUGAGAUUGGGGAAAUCGCCACAUACAUACACACACACACACACACAUACACAACGUGGGCAGAACCUAUUUUUGCACAUUGCAACAGCGAGAGAGAGAAAAAAAAAAAGUCAGGUGGAGGUCGAAAGGCCGUGUGAGGUACGUCGGUGAGGCUGAACUCUUGUUUGGUGUAUCUAUAUAUUUAUACAUAUAACAAAACAAAAUAAAAGUGUGUAUAUUUGUAUAUUCCUUGGAAUACAAUGGAAGCUGCUGCGCCUGUCUGUUACGUUUCCAUGCCAAAGCCUCAAAAAAACUUCUUUCCCCCAUACAUCCCCUCUCGCUACCCAACGCAACAGCUCUGUUACCUUUUAUUUGAAAUGAUGAAGGAGCAUGCACAAAUUGCCCGCAAAAAUUCUGCGGCGGUGAGAAUGAAAGCGGAGUUUUUAGAAACGCGUAAUUUUAUGAUUUCUCGUGAAAGCUUCCAGAUGCAUUUUUUUGUUGUUGUUUUAAUUUGGGGAAGGCUUUUUGCAAAAUUUGGGAUGCAAUUGGGAUCUCUGCUGUCUUCACACAUCCCAGGUGCACGUGUCUGCGAGUUUCUAAACGCGGCAGCUCUUCCCCAUUUUUUUUUUGUUCCGCACGAAAUGAGCGACUACUGAUCUUACAGAAUCGAACAGCAACAAUGACGAAAACAGAAAACUAUGCUGGCGUAACAUUGUGUGUGUGUGUGCACAUUCUCUGUUACUCGCAAGAAAAAGAAGAAGAAAAAAAAAAACAUGGCCGGAGCGGUGUGCCGUAGCCCCCCGUCUCUCGGUUGCCCUGUGCCUUUGUAUGGGUAGAGCUGCAAUAUGACUUUUUUUUUUUUUUUUUCUUGUUUACUUUUAACUGUUAGCACUUUUUAGCUUUACCAAAAUUAAGACUGGGUUUUUUGUUUCUCGAAUACGCCGUAGGAAGGUUACGUUUUAGUUCGGAUCUAAAAGGGGGAAAAAAAAAAAAGAAA